AUGGCGGUCGGCGUCGAGAGCCAGGAGCGCGGCGGCGGCGCCGCCGGAAGGGUCACCGCCUUCGUCGUGCUGUCGUGCAUCGCCGCCGGCAUGGGCGGCGUCAUCUUCGGCUACGACAUCGGCAUCGCAGGUGGCGUGUCGUCGAUGGAGCCUUUCCUGAGGAAGUUCUUCCCGGAGGUGCACCGGCGGAUGGAGGGCGACGUGCGGGUCAGCAACUACUGCAAGUUCGACAGCCAGCUGCUCACGGCGUUCACCUCCUCGCUCUACGUCGCCGGCCUCCUCACCACCUUCGCCGCGUCGCGGGUCACGGCGGGGCGCGGGCGGCGCCCGUCCAUGCUCCUCGGCGGCGCCGCCUUCCUCGCCGGCGCGGCCAUAGGCGGCGCCGCUGUAGACAUCUACAUGGUCAUCCUGGGGCGCGUCCUCCUCGGCGUCGGCCUCGGCUUCGCCAACCAGGCCGUCCCGCUCUACCUGUCGGAGAUGGCGCCGUCGCGCUACCGCGGCGCGUUCAGCAACGGCUUCCAGUUCAGCGUCGGCGUCGGCGCGCUCGCCGCCAACGUCAUCAACUACGGCACGGAGAAGAUCAGGGGCGGGUGGGGCUGGCGCGUCUCGCUGGCGCUCGCCGCCGUGCCGGCCGGGCUCCUCACCCUCGGCGCGCUCUUCCUCCCGGAGACGCCCAACAGCCUCAUCCAGCAGGGCAAGGACCGCCGCGACGUCGAGCCGCUGCUGAAGAAGAUCCGCGGCACCGACGACGUCGCCGACGAGCUUGACGGCAUCGUCGCGGCUAACGGGGAGACGACCGGGGGCGGCCUGCGGAUGCUUCUCUCCCAGCGACGGUACCGGCCGCAGCUGGUGAUGGCCGUGAUGAUACCCUUCUUCCAGCAGGUCACCGGGAUCAACGCGAUCGCGUUCUACGCGCCGGUGCUGCUCCGCACCAUCGGCAUGGGGGAGAGCGCGUCGCUGCUGUCGGCGGUGGUGACGGGCGUCGUCGGCGUCGGCGCGACGUUCCUCUCCAUGGUCGCCGUGGACCGCUUCGGCCGCCGCACACUCUUCCUAGUCGGCGGCGCCCAGAUGCUCGCGUCGCAGGUGCUGAUCGGCGGCAUCAUGGCCGCAAAGCUCGGCGACGACGGCGGCGUGAGCAAGGCGUGGGCGGCGGUGCUGAUCCUACUGAUCGCCGUGUACGUGGCCGGGUUCGGGUGGUCGUGGGGUCCCCUCGGGUGGCUCGUCCCCAGCGAGAUCUUCCCGCUGGAGGUGAGGUCGGCGGGGCAGAGCGUGACGGUGGCGGUGAGCUUCGUGUUCACCGUGUUCGUGGCGCAGGCGUUCCUCGCCAUGCUGUGCCACAUGAGGGCCGGCAUCUUCUUCUUCUUCGCAGCGUGGCUCGCCGCCAUGACGGCCUUCGUGUACUUCCUCCUGCCGGAGACGAAGGGGGUGCCCAUCGAGCACGUCGCCGCCGUGUGGCGCGACCACUGGUUCUGGUCCAGGGUCGUCGGCUCCGUCUCCGACGACGAGGCGCGCAGUGGCGGGAAGCUUUGACUGAAGCGCGCGCGAUCGCAACCGCGUUGCACGAAUCUUGACACGCAUCUGCACCCUCCGUUUCCGUUCUACCGUAUUCAGAACACUUGGAUUCAGAAUUUUCAGACACAUGAAGACUCAACACAGUAUUCUUAAUGUUGGCAAGCUAAUCUUAGUCAAUGUAGGAAUCAUUAUCCAAACCAACGGAUAAUUAGAAUUUAGAAAUCUUAUUCAGGAUACAAGAUUCAGGAUUUUCAGACAAACCAAGUUUCAGGGUUUCCGGACACACCAAGUUCGGAGUUGAUUUUGGUGUGCUCUGAACCCGAUCGCAUGUGUGUGCAGGUAGAUGAUAGCGUGUAAAUUUUCUUGAUUUCGAUAGAAAACAUACAGUUGGAGUGAUCUCUA